AAACCACACCACAAGAACAGUUAGCCCUGGUAACACUUAAGGAAAACUGCCUUUGUGGACCCAGACACAUGGUGUUUCUCACAACGUUCAUAAAACAAGGAUGUUGGGGGUUGUAUGCCCUUUUAUCCAACUGCCUCAAAGCAUUUUGCUUCAUCUGCUUUGUCUUCACAACGCCCGGGGAGAUGGCGAGUCAGGAGCCCCACUGCUAGGUGCAGAAAAGAGUCAUUUGGCCAAAGUCAAACCGUGCCUAGGGGCACGGUCAAGAAUACAUCCCGGCUAUCCUUUGUCUCACCUGGUCCACUGUGUGAUGGAAAACAAUAUUUUUACAACCAUUAUUUCAGCCCAAAGCAUAGUUAAAAAUGCUACUUGAUGUUUGGACUCAAAUAUAAUUUUUAUAAGAAAAAGCUGCUACACUGUACAAGUUAAUAGAAACAUGGCAUUUCAUUCAAAAUUCUGGUGGCUUAAUCAUUUCUGAUUUCAACAGGAUGUUUAAAGCAAUAUGUAUUUCUCUACAGUGUUUGCAACCCAAACACCAUCUUACAGAGGAUCAGAAAGGGAAACGAAUACAAAUAAUGGAAAUGACUGGUCCUGAGUAUGAAGAUGUAAACUGCCUAAGUGAUGAAAACUAAAAUUUAUUUUGAAAAUUUUCCAUCUUAAUGAUCUAAGUUGUUAUUGGUAACAUCAGGAGGGAAUUAGGUCUGUUUGCUCCAAUGUUUUGUUAGUUUGUUUUGCAUCUACAGUGUCCUUGUAAAAUAGCCAUAAGACAAGAGGAGUUAGAAUAGGUCCCUUAUGUUGAAUUUCACUGGUGUGUGGGGCCAGCACAUACAAUCUUUGACACUGCAUGGUGUUUGGAGCUCUGCUGAUGUAGGUAAAGAAAAGGAAAAUGCUGGUCUAAGAGGAUUCAGAUCUCAGUGAAAUUCAGCCUGGCCGUGGGAGGAGGGGUGUGUCAGUCACAUGCUGCUGGUGCCGCAUCCCUUAGUCCCAGACUGGCUCUGGGCUGCAUGCUGCCUCCAGCAUUUCAUCUCUUGUUCCCUUUGGAAGACGGGCAGCAAAGGCAGAGCUGGCCGGGAACCCAGAGGCACCUUAUCACCAUCAUCCACCUUGCAAUUUUCACUGUCUCUGCGGUUGCUGCUUGCAGAAAUGGAAAAUAAUGAAGUGGUUAUAAGCAGCUGCAGUUCUCAUGAUGAUGAAAAUCUUUACAACUACAAACAGCACCCUUCUAUAUCACAAGAGCUACUCUUAGAAGACCAACUCAGAAGGAAACUUAAAUUUUUUUUCAUGAACCCAUGUGAGAAAUUCUGGGCCCGGGGAAGAAAACCAUGGAAACUUGGGAUUCAGCUUUUAAAAAUAGUGAUGGUAACCAUCCAGUUGGUAGUUUUUGGGUUGAGCAAUCAAAUGGUGGUUGCCUUCAAGGAGGAGAACACUGUGGCAUUCAAACACCUCUUUUUGAAAGGAUAUACAGACAGAAUGGAUGAUACCUAUGCUGUAUAUACACAAAGAGAUGUCUAUGACCAGAUAUUCUUUGCAAUUAACCAGUACUUGCAGCUGCGCAACAUAUCUGUUGGAAACCAUGCUUAUGAGAAGAAAGGAGUAGACCACACUGCUAUGGCUGUAUGUCAACAGUUCUACAAACGAGGAAGCAUUUGCCCUGGAAAUGAUACCUUUGACAUUGACCCAGAAAUUGAAACUGACUGUUUCUAUAUUGAGCCCAUGAUGCCCUUGGAAAACAGAACGGUGGGAAAACAUGAUUUCAAUUUCACUCUGGACUUUCAUAGACUUGUAACAGUGCAGCUUAUGUUUAAUCUGAAGGCAAUCAAUCUCCAGACAGUUCGUCACCAUGAACUCCCAGACUGUUAUGAUUUUACUUUGACUAUACUGUUUGACAAUAAAGCUCAUAGUGGAAGAAUCAAAAUAAGUCUAGACAAUGAUAUUGCCAUUAGGGAAUGUAAAGACUGGCAUGUUUCUGGAUCAAUACAAAAGAACACUCAUUACAUGAUGAUAUUUGAUGCCUUUGUCAUACUGACUUGUUUAGCUUCAUUGAUUCUCUGCAGUCGAUCUGUCGCUAAGGGAAUUCAGCUCCAAAGGGAAUUAGUGCACUUCUUCCUACAUUAUUAUAAGAAAGAAGUCUCUUUUGCUGAUCAAAUGGAAUUUGUCAAUGGGUGGUAUAUCAUGAUUAUUGUUAGUGAUGUCUUAACUAUUGUUGGAUCAACUCUAAAGAUGGAAAUACAAGCUAAGAGUCUGACAAGUUAUGAUGUCUGCAGCAUACUUCUUGGAACAUCCACCAUGCUUGUGUGGCUUGGAGUCAUUCGUUACCUAGGUUUCUUUCAGAAGUAUAAUCUCCUUAUUCUGACACUGCGUGCAGCAUUGCCCAAUGUCAUUAGAUUUUGCUGCUGUGCUGCUAUGAUCUAUCUGGGCUAUUGUUUCUGUGGAUGGAUUGUACUGGGACCUUAUCAUGCUAAGUUCCGUUCUCUGAACAUGGUUUCAGAAUGCCUCUUUUCACUGAUAAAUGGAGAUGAUAUGUUUGCUACAUUUGCAAGAAUGCAACAGAAAAGUUACUUGGUUUGGUUAUUUAGUCGGAUCUACCUCUACUCCUUCAUCAGCCUGUUCAUCUAUAUGGUGCUAAGUCUCUUCAUUGCACUGAUUACGGAUACAUAUGAAACAAUUAAGGUUGUAAUGAAGAUGUUUCUAAGAACAUGGGACUAUAUUCUGAAGAAUUUAAAACAGCACACUAACAGCAAGAACUGGAUAGGCAAAGUAUCUGGAAAAUUCCUGUACCUAAACUUGCUUUUAAAAAUAGUGUAAGCUUGUUGCAGAAGUUUAGGGAAUCUCUGUCUAGUUUGGGGUUUUAUUUUUCUCUAAGCUUCUUGUUCUAAUAGUCUCCUAACAAACAGCAGAAUGCUAGGGGCAUUAUGAAAUUAGCUGCAUUCAGUGAUCUAGCUAGAUUAUCUCUUAAACAAUAUUGUAGAAAUGUUGGACAGUGACAGCUUCAAACACAACUGGGCCUUCACCAGUGCAGGCAUUAUCUCACUAUGAAUGACCAUCCAUUGAAUGAGUGACAGCAAAACCUACUGGUGCUUCACAUUUUCUACUUACCUACACAGAUAGUAAAAAGAUCUACACAAAUGUUAGUGGUUUUCAGUGUAACUUAAUAGGUAAGCUGCAUCUGAAGACUGUGUAAUGCAUAAGCCUUUUAAAUCUGGCUCCGGGCAUAGAUGAGCAGCCACUUGUACAAACAAAUUAUAUUGCAUUACACAACCAGCAGUCUUUUCUCAGAAAGGCCAGAGUAUACAGUCAGGGAAAUGGCAGGUCAGGGCUCAAGUCUGUUCACAGAGCUGAGUAGAGAAACUGCUUGCUGAAAUUAAGCACGUGGCCUUUUAGUACUAAGCUGACCCUAAGGUUUUUUAAAUGAAGAAAGUGAGAUAAGAGAAAAUGCACACUAAAAACAAAAAAGUACUGUGUGUGUGUGUGUGUGUGUGAAACACCAAGAGAGAGGAACAUAUAUA